AUGGAAUCACUUUGGCGGAAAAUUUGGGGACAUUCCAACGAGGAUGUGGUUGAUCCUGUAACUGGAUUGUCCGGACGAGAUGUAAGGCUUGUUCAGAGUACAUGGGCUAAAGUCAACGAGGAUCCACUGGCUUCUGGUACCACAGUAAUGUUAGGAUUUUUUGAACGCCACCCGGAGUAUCGGUCGCACUUUGACAAGUUCAAAGAUGUGCCCCACCAAGAUUUGCCGGGAGACAAAAAAUUUCAAGCACACGCUUUGAGUGUUAUGGGUGCAUUGAACAACACCGUUGAUGCAUUAAAUGAUGUUGGAGUGCUUGAAGCUAGUCUUACCGCUCUCGGUAAACGCCAUGCAGCUCGUACACUAACGGAGCAACAAUUUCAACACCUAAAAACAGUGAUUGUGGAUGUGUUCCGUCAGACGCUAGGUGACCAAUUUACUAAAGAAACCGAAGAAGCAUGGACGAAAACAUUCCAAGUUAUAUAUUCAUAUAUUUUUAAAGGUCUAUCUUCCUAA